AUUUUAUCAAUACUAACGGCUUUAUGGGUGGGUGUGAGUGCAAUGUACGAGGUACCCGUAAAGAAUGGGAAUGUCUGGGGAGAUACAAGGACUGCACGGAAAAUGAAAGGAUGGUGCGUGUUCGAACUGAACGAAUCCAGAGACGCGGGAGAAAUUAAAAUAGACCUCAUCUUUAACAAACCUACUAGAAAUCUUCAGAUAUGGAUCAUGAACAUCGACAAAAUACUAAAUAAGGGACGGGCAUAUGAAUUAUCAAGCAAAUAUCCAUAUUCCAACACGAUGCUUAAAGUAGAAUUCAUUUUGACAUACAGAGGUAACAAGAAGAGGUUUCCGAAGGGAAGAUGCAUCAGUAACAUAACACCACCAUCUACAACAACACAAUCACCCACUACGCAUGCGUCAGCGUCACCACAAGCAAGUACCACGUCAGUUACACAACAACCCACUGCAACGUCAGGACCACGAUCAUCUACAACAGCAAUAUCAGGAUCAUUUCCUGACGUCAUACCGAUAUCCGUAGAGGGACAACAUUGGAGUGUUGGAAAUCGCUAUAGAAUGACCGGAGUCUGUACAUUCCAGAUUAACCCAGUUCUUAACUCCUAUAAUAUCAUGGUGGAAUUUGACAAAGAAACUUCUGACAUGACGGAUUGGACAAUGGAUAUUGAAAAUCAACAGACAAACGGGCUAUGGUAUAAGUUAAAAAGCAGAUGGCCUGCGAGGCAAAAUGAAAUCAAUUUGAGGUUUCAAGUUGACUUCGAUACUCUUCCUAUGCCAACUGGAACGUGUACUAUUAAUAGAAAUGGCCAAACUCUGACACCCAGACCUUCAACUUCAAUGCCAACACCAACCACCAAAGCACCAACACAGCAACCUUCGACAGCGGCCCCAACACAGCAACCUUCGACUGCAGCACCAACACAGCAACCUUUAACUGCAGCACCAACUCAACAACCCUCAACUGCAGCACCAACACAGCAACCUUCCACUGCAGCACCAACACAACAACCCUCAACUGCAGCACCAACAACUCAGCAACCUUCAACUGCAGCACCAACACAGCAACCUUCAACUGCAGCACCAACACAGCAACCUUCGACCGCAGCACCAACACGACAACCUUCAACUGUAGCACCAACAAAACGACCCUCAACAGCAGUGCCAACACAACCGCCUACUACUGAAGCACUUACAGGUAGGUCAUGUAAUAAAAUUACUUUGGAAAACCUACGUAGAUGA